GGCGCCAGGUAUGCUCGCUACGCCUCUGAUUUAUUUAAUCGAAGUUCACGUGCGGACAUAGUCUAAUAAUUAUCAUGAACACACAGACAUACAAACUCCUUCCUGACUCCUAAUAGUAGGCUAAUAUCCAUUCCAUGCCAUGGUAUUAAAAUUAAGUCUAUAGAUCUUCUAUCCUAUAAUUGCCUAUAUCGAACAUUAUUGAUUGAAUGAUAGUGAUAGUGAUACUGACCUCUCCAGUUAUCAGGCCUAGAUUUACAAAGUGAAAAUGUUCUUCCAGGAAAUAUUAAAUAAUAGAUCUAGAAUCUAUAUCGUAGAUCUAUAUCUAUGUCUAUAUGGACUAUAUGCUGUGCCACUUUUGCUGUUUCAGUGUUUUGAUUUUGAUAUGAUGAUGAUUAGAAUCCAGAACUGAUUCUGAUUUACAAUUUAGAUCUAGGCUACGUGAAUAUAUUCUAAAAUGGACUACCUAACUCAACAACAAGAAAUGGAUCUUCUGAAAGAAGAAUUUAGAAAAUUUAAAAUUGAGAUGGUCACUAGAACAGAAGAACAAUUUUUUCAAGUGAAAAGCCAAAUUGCUAUUUUGAUGGAUGAAAUCUAUCUUCAAAAUAAAAAUAUACAAGAUGUUAAAGAUAGUCUCAGUAAUCUCUCUAAGAAUCAAAACUUUUCAGCCAAUGGCAGUUCUGAAAGAAAUUCAUCAAACUUUGUUAACAAAAGAUCUCGAGAUCAACUCAAAAAAGAGAACAACCUAAUUUCCUAUUCAAAGAAUACUAGAACAAAUACUAAUAACCAAAAGAUUUGUGGUGAAUAUAAUCAACAUAGCAUAUCAGACACAAAAUGCUCUACUACACAGUCGUCCAGUUUUUCAGACACUAUACCAAUAGAUAUGCCCAACCACACUGUGGUGAAAUGUGUGGCUAAGCAAAGUAAUGGGAAGAAACAAUCUUCACAUGGUAACAGCAAACAGAUAUCCCAGCCCAAUUUUCCAACAGCCAAAAUCUGCUGUUCAUCUUGUCGAGUCAACGAGAAAUUGAUAAGACAACACGGCAAGAAAACCAACAAAUCAUUGAGUAAAGUUAAAUGUCUCGAGAAAAAACUAAAACAUUGCAUCAAAAAAGGGAGUGCACUCUUUGAAAACUUUUCCCAACAACUGCUCCAUGCUACAGAUAUAAUUGAUGAAAAUUCUUUUGAUAUUGAACAAUGCUGGUCAGAAACGAAAAGUUUAAGAGAUAAAGACUUGUGUAUUAUGUUAAAUGGUAACCUAAUAAAUCUGGAAGAUGAAAUCAGUAAGAUGAACUUUGAACUUGAAGCACUCUGGACCCAGUCUGAACAGCAUAAUACACUUAUCGAACAGCUAAAAACAAAGCUGCGUCUUCAAAUUCAGUUUAACAGGCCUCCUCCAGAUUAUAUUUGGAAGCAAGAAGUUGUGGAAGCUCUUAAAAAUGUUGAAAAAAUGUAUGACACAAUGCAAAUGUUAUUCAUAGAACGUAUGCAGAAGCUAGAAAAAGUUAUAGAGCAUGAUAUAAUAUCUAGAAGGAAAUUAAAGGUUCAUAUGCUAAGAAAAUUUCCAAUUGAAAAUGCAAAAGGAACCAUUUGGAAAUUUCAAGCACCUACAGGAGAAGAUACAAUGCAAAGAGGUAGCCAACCCCUUGUUAUCUAUCAAACAAAAUAUCAAUGUAUUACAGCUAUGAAAGAAUAUGAAGAUCAAUCUCUAGAGUAUUCCCUAGAUACAAUGCAAAGAGGUAGCCAACCCCUUGUUAUCUAUCAAUCAAAAUAUCAAUGUAUUACAGCUAUGAAAGAAUAUGAAGAUCAAUCUCUAGAGUUUUGUCUAUUGCAGACCAUACUACACAAGGCCUGAGGGACUUACUUUGGAUAUUACUGAUCUACUGGCCUGAAUUUGCAUUUUUCAGACAUGGAGAAUGUUCCUUACACAUUUUAUUGUACCAGGAAAAUGUGAACAUGGGUUUACACGUUCAGACAUUUUCCUAUCAAAUAUUAAAUACUGUGAAAACAGGUUUAUCCGAUUUUUUAAAGUUUUGUUCUAUAAUUGGUAGUUACUUACGGUCUGUCUAUUUUUAGGGCCCUCCGGUUGCGGGAGGGACAUUCAAAGUACCCUACUUCGACAUGAUCUAACUAAGGAAUAUUUAUGCUAUAGUUUUAUCAAGAUAAUGGUUUUGAUUUUCAUCCAGGAUAUACAUUCUCCUUAAAUUUUGCUUGACAUGAUAGAAUACAUAAAAUUAAAAAAGCUGGAACUAAGCCUCAUGUAGAGAAUUAUACUAAGAAUUGCAUGAUAGCAGGAGUAUUUUUUUUUAUUAGUCACCGCACUCAGUUACUUGUAUCACAAAGGAGGCAUGGGCAUGGGAACGAUAGCGUCCACAUACUUCUUCCCUUCCAUGCAUGUGCACAUACCAGUAACCAAAACCUGAUGUAGAAUUGUGUCUGCAUUGAAUUUAAAUAGGUUACUCUCUAAUUUUAGACACAUAUCUUGAACCCAUUUUAAAUGCUUCAAUUUUUGUUGUGUUUAAUGGAAUUUUAGUUGGGAAAAAAAAUUGUUUAAAAACUAUUUAAAUGUGACAGGAUUAAUUCGAUUUUUUAGAUGAAGUAAUAUUAACUUUCUAUAUAAAAAAAAAAUCAAACAUGUCAAAUAACUGUUGUAACCCAUACAAUUGAUGCUUUCAAACGUGUUUAUUGAUGUUUCAGAAGAUGACUUAAAUUAAGGGGUUUUUUUUUGUUGUUUAUUUGACUAGUACUAAACAUGGGACAGCACUAGACAGUUUGGAAGUAGGAAAUAAAACGGUACGAUGUGUUAACUGUUGAAUAAUAUGUAUUUAAUGCAUGGCUGCAGGGGAUGAGAGUAGCAGCAAUAAACAAUACACAAAGAAAAGACAAUGUACAUUAUGUAGAUUUACCUGUUUCAGUAAUAAAAACAAAACAUAAUGGUGCUGUACUGCUAUCUAACAACAAGAAAUUAUGGAACAAAGGCACAAGGGAUGAGAGAAAAGUGUUUUCACUAAGUUUUAUUGUAGAGAGUAAAAAAAAAUUGCUUCACACACAUCAGAAUGUGAAAGUACAUGGCAUAAAAUAAUCCUACAGACAGCACUGUGUAUCAACACAGAACAGACUUGAGUAACUCAACAGUUUUUGGUUUGAGAAACCCCAAUUAUAAAAAGUAAGUAAAAUAUCACUGGAAAAAAAAGUGGAAGAAAAAAAAUGUUUUCUCUCAACCCCAGACCUUCGUCUUAAACAAACAUCUGACUGUUGUUAUUACUACAGACUGUUCUCAAUUGAUAGAGCAUCAAGUACAGCAGGCUGUAAUCUACACACACACUUACCCACAAACAUACACAAGUACAAAAAAGUAAAUAAAUAAGUAAAAAAAAAAAAAAAAA